AUGUUAGGCGGCGAAAGAGCAGACAAUGAACGUGUUCUCGGGACACGUAAUAAAAUAAUCCUCAACGUUGGCGGGUUACGGCAUGAGACUUAUGUCGGAACAUUAAGAAACAUCCCUGAUUCAAGACUCUUCUCUUUAACUAACAAUAACCCAACACAAGUUCCGGAGUUUGACCCAAAUUCAGGUGAGUUCUUUUUCGACCGCCAUCCACUGGUGUUCGCUCAAAUUUUGAACUACUAUAGGACGGGGAAACUUCACUGCCCUAACGAUGUUUGUGGGCCAAUUUUCGAGGAGGAACUGGCUUUUUGGGGCUUGGAAGACGCCAGCAUUGAGACGUGCUGUUGGAUGAAUUAUAAAAAACAUGGCGAAGCACAAGCAAACCUAAGCUCGUUUGAUAGAAUGGUAGAAGAAGGCGCAAGUGAACAUGAAUAUAGUUUUCAUGAAGAGGGAGACGUUGGACUUCAAACACGAAGUUAUAAACAAGUUUUAUGCAAGUAUAAAUCAAGAGUAUGGCUCACUAUGGAGGAACCGUCAAGUUCGUUCACUGCCAAG